GAAAAAGAGGAGAGAGAAAGAUGAUGCGGUGUUUGUGUUCCGCAAAUCCAUGGCUUCUUUGUCUCUCAAUUCGUUAUCUCUCCAACCUCCUUCGCAGCCUCGCAAACUCGCAGACUCAUCAUCAUCAUCUUCUUUUCUUUCUUCUUCUUCUUCUUCUUCUUCUCCAUAUAGCAGCAUCAGUAGCAGCGGAAGCUUAAAGCCCAUAGUCGUACGAGGCAAUCCUCCCACUUUCGUCUCCGCCCCUGGUCGCCGUAUCGUCGCUGUUGGGGAUCUGCAUGGGGAUCUUGCUCAAGCAAGAUGUGCACUUGAGAUAGCUGGCGUCUUGAGCUCUGAUGGUCAAGACUUGUGGACUGGCGGAGAGACGGUAUUGAUUCAACUUGGAGAUAUACUUGAUCGAGGUGAAGAUGAAAUAGCAAUCUUAUCCUUGUUGCGGUCAUUGGAUAUCCAGGCAAAAGAUGAGGGUGGAGCAGUUUUCCAGGUUAAUGGAAAUCAUGAGACGAUGAACGUAGAAGGGGAUUUUAGAUAUGUUGAUUCUGGUGCAUUUGAUGAGUGUAUCAACUUUCUUGAGUACUUGGAUGAUUGUGACCAUAAUUGGGAAGAAGCUUUUGUUAGUUGGGUUGGUGUGUCCGAGAGGUGGAAAGCAGAUCGAAGAACGUCUCAGAAUUACUGGGGUCCGUUGAAUAUAGUGAAGCGGCAAAAGGGGGUGAUUGCCAGAUCAAUCCUCCUAAGACCAGGCGGUCCAUUAGCAUGUGAGUUGGCACGACAUGCUGUUGCUCUUAAAGUUGACGACUGGGUCUUCUGUCAUGGCGGCCUUCUUCCUCACCAUGUUGCAUAUGGCAUAGAGAGGAUGAACACGGAAGUAUCUCACUGGAUGAAAGGUCUCGGUGAGAAUGAUAUUAGUCCACAAAUCCCUUUCAUAGCCACCAGGGGAUAUGACAGUGUUGUUUGGAAUCGUUUAUACUCCAGAGAUAUUUCAGAUCUCCAAGGCUAUCAGAUCAAUCAGAUCCAAUCUAUUCUUGAAGAGACACUGCAAGAUUUAGGUGCUAAGGCAAUGAUUGUGGGGCAUACUCCUCAAACUACAGGAGUGAAUUGUAAAUUCAACUGUAGCAUAUGGCGGAUUGACGUUGGAAUGUCUAGUGGAGUUCUUAAUUCAAGACCAGAGGUUCUAGAAAUUAGAGACAAUAAAGCUAGGGUGAUAAGGAGCAACAGGGACGUAUUUAAUGAACUUCAGGUUGUUGAUUAUACAUAGAGACCGGGUAAAAGGCAACAAGGAAAGACAAUAUUAGUGAACAUUAAAAUUUAUCCACGGUUCGUAUUAUUUCCGAAGGGUCAGCUCAACAAUGACAAAUAUGGUUAGUUUUUGUUGUUCGUAGAAGACCACAAGGAGAAGCGGUAGCUUGAGCUUUGUAUAGAUCCAGAAAGAAGGCUGGGUUAAUUGUGAUUGAGGUUUGAACCUGGCCUUAGAUCAAUUGAAAUUGUUCUAAUGAAUUGAAUUAAGACGUUGCUGUUAAAUGUAAUAGAAGUUGGUGAAGAUCACUAGCAGAUAGUCACUUAGAUAACAGUUGAUUGUUCCAGUAUAUAUAUUUUGGUGUAUUUAUUCUGUAUAUCAUCAUUGAGCACACUUAAAACUCCAACCUUGCCAAAAUAGGUUUACAGCAAUAAAUGGAUAAAUGGUUCAUGGACUGAUUGUAUAUUUAAGUUAAUAAUAAAUGAUUGUAUAUUAUGAAA